AGGAGGAGAGAGAGAGAGAGAGGGAGAGAGAGAGAAGAAAAAAAGUUUUGAUUUACUUUUAUUGCCAACAAAAGGGGAGGAAAACAGAUGAUGGAUGAAGAAAAUCAACAGCAGGAAAACGGAGUGGACAGUGGCAAAGACAGGGAUCGACAGCUUCGGUUGCGAGUCUGUGUGAUGAAUGAGAUCCUGAAGACCGAGAGGGAUUAUGUGGAGACCCUGAAGUUUCUGCAGUCUGCAUUCCUACAUAGGAAUCAUCAGAAUGACGCUGAGAAAUCUGAAAAGCAAAUCACUGAAGACAACCUCAAGAUUUUAUUUUCUAACCUCGAAGACAUACUUGACGUGCACAAGGAGUUCCUGGCGGGUCUCGAGAGCAGUUUACAACCAGAGCCACAGCCUCAGCACGAACUUGGAAACAUCUUCCUCCAGUUUAAAGACAGAUUCUGUGUCUAUCAAGAAUAUUGCAGCAAUCAUGAAAAAGCUCUGAGGCUUCUAAUGGAAUUGAACAAAAUACCUGAUGUUCGAGCAAAGCUCCUGAACUGCAUGGUACUCGGAGGAAUGAAAACCAAAGAUAUUCCCUUGGAAGGCUAUUUGCUAACCCCAAUCCAGAGAAUCUGCAAAUAUCCUCUGCUUCUUAAGGAAUUGCUAAAGAGGACCUCUAAAAAGCACAGUGAUAAUGGAGCCGUAGAGAGUGCCUUGCAAGCAAUGAAGGCAGUCUGCACCAAUAUUAAUGAAACAAAGCGACAGAUGGAAAAGCUAGAGGCCUUGGAACAUCUGCAGUCACACAUUGAAGGAUGGGAGGGCUCAAAUCUGACCGACAUAUGCACUGAGCUGCUGCAGCAAGGAACAUUGCUGAAGAUCUCGGCUGGAAAUAUUCAGGAGAGAAUGUUCUUUUUGUUUGAUAACCUACUGGUGUACUGCAAGAAGAAAUCCAGAGUUGCUGGAAAGAAAUCAACGAAACGCACAAAAUCUGUGAAUGGUGGACAGUAUAUUUUCCGUGGCCGAAUUAGUACCGAGGUCAUGGAAGUGGAAAAUGUUGAAGACGGAACAGCGGACUACCAUAGCAACGGCUACACUGUGACAAACGGCUGGAAGAUUCACAACACGGCCAAAAACAAAUGGUUUGUCUGCAUGGCCAAAACUGUGGAAGAGAAACAGAAAUGGCUGGAUGCGAUCCUGAAGGAAAGGGAGCAGAGGGAGAGUCUAAAGCUGGGCAUGGAGCGCGAUGCAUAUGUUAUGAUCUCUGAGAAGGGAGAGAAGCUGUAUCACAUGAUGAUGAGUCGGAAGGGAAACCUGAUAAAGGACAGGAGGAGAAAGCUGUCUAUUGUCCAAAAGUGUUUUCUUGGCAAUGAGUUUGUUUCCUGGCUGAUGGAGAUAGGGGAGAUCAGUAAACCAGAGGAAGGAGUGAACCUGGGUCAGGCAUUGCUUGAGAAUGGCAUCAUUCAUCACGUUUCCGACAAGCAUCACUUCCGAAACGAAGCGGUCUUGUACCGAUUUCGAUACGAUGAUGGAACCUACAAACCCAGAAGCGAGAUGGAAGAUAUUAUGUCUAAGGGGGUGAGGCUGUACUGUCGUUUGCAUUGCCUUUUCACUCCUGUGAUCAAGGACCGAGAUCAUCAUCUAAAGACCUAUAAGUCUGUGGUCCCAGCGAGCAAGCUGAUAGAUUGGCUUUUAGCACAGGGUGACUGCCAGACCAGAGAGGAAGCGGUCACACUGGGUGUCGGACUGUGCAAUAAUGGCUUCAUGCAUCACGUCCUGGAGAAAAGCGAAUUCAAGGAUGAAUCCCAGUUUUUCCGCUUCUACGCCGAUGAAGAAAUGGAGGGUACGAGCUCCAAGAACAAACAGCUGCGGAACGACUUCAGAUUGGUUGAAAAUAUCCUUGUUAAAUCUCUUCUGAUUCUGCCUGAAGACGAAGGAUAUGGAUUUGAAAUUGAGGAAAAAAACAAAGCCAUUGUGGUGAAAUCUGUACAAAGUGGCUCUUAUGCUGAGAUUGCAGGUCUUCAGGUAGGAAGGAAGAUCUACUCCAUCAACGAGGACCUGGUUUUCCUUCGACCGUUCCUGGAAGUGGAGAUUAUUUUGAACCAGUUUCAUUGCAGUCGGAGGUCACUGAGGGUGCUGGUUGGAACCAAAUCCAAAGAGAUAAUCAAGAUACCCGACUCCUCGGAAGGGCUGAGCUUCCAGAUCCGUGGGACUGCUCCACCCUAUGUUCACGCGGUUCUGAAAGGGUCGGGGGCUGCAGCAGCUGGGCUUCUUCCUGGCCAGUGUAUUUCCAAGGUAAACGGCAACAAUGUCAGCAAGGAGAACUACACUGCUGUCCUCGAGCACUUCAACUCUAACAGGAAAAACCUACUGAAAAAAGGAUCCAAUCAAUGGAUAUAUAGGACGGUGGAGGACGCAGACGCAGAGGCAACACAAACAAAAGGCAAAGCAGAUUGCCUUCGCCUUCUUUCCGAACUAUCGGUGCAUGAGAAGCGAUCGACUGAUCAAACUGAAGUACUCGAUCACACGAGUAUGCAGGAGGCUGACCGGCGACCGAGCUUUGAAGGGGAGACUUCCCAUGUCAGCCUGGCGGUGGACAACGUACACUUGGAGCACGGCGUGGUGUACGAGUACGUGAGCGCUGCAGGAAUAAAAUGCCACGUGAAGGAGAAAAUGGUGGAGCCGAGGGGAUGCUUCAAUUUAACUGCAAAGAUUGUAGAAGCUUUGAAGACAGACGACAGUCAGUUUGUAAAACAUUGCAGAAGACUGCUUUCUUCGAGGAACUCAAUCAUUUCCACGUCCCAACUUGAGUUCAGGGAACAGUGUGAAAUGAAACUCAAAGUAAUCAAUAAGAGAAUCGCUAACUACUCACAGUAUGCUCAGGAGCUGAAGAGUAGAGCAUGGCCAUCUUUCAAGCAAGCCACAACCAAAUUACACUCAUUGACCAGUGCUGAUUUCUGUCCAACAAACUGUCAUAUUAAUGUGAUGGAGGUGUCCUGUCCAAAAAGUAUUACUUCUCUUGGAAGGUCUUUCAGCAUACGCUUUGGUCGGAAAAGUUCUUUCAUCGGUUUGGAACAGGAUCAAGGUAUUGUAAAUCCUAUGAUCUGCACUCAGCAUAACAUCACCACCAUGGCUGCUCCCACAUGGAAGUGUUUCAUCAGAGAGGAGACGGAAUCGGGCGAUACGGAUGAACCGAUCAAUCAGCAGAACGGAGAGACAGCCCAGGAAGGUGGCGGAGGUCUGAGCUUUUUGCUGAAGCAGGAGGACAUGGAGAUUCAGGACUCUUCCUUACAGCUCUUCAUUAAACUGGAGAUCUCCGUUAAAGAAAUGAAACAAUACGUAACACAGAUUAAUGUUCUGCUGUCCUCGAUAACGGAGCCAGCUCAGUCUGAGGCUUCAGAGCAAACUUCAUCUGACCUCGCUCUGCCUCCUUCGAUUCUGACGGAAGAGAAUGAGAUCGACAAGGCUGAACACUGCGGAACAAAGAGAGUCUGCUUCGUGGUGAACGAAGAAGAGCAAGAAGACUCUGGACACGAUACCACAAGUUACAGAGAUUCCUAUAGCGAAUGCAACAGCAACCGGGAUUCUGUGCUGUCCUACACCAGCGAUCGGAGUAGAAGCUCCUACCUGGGCAGUGACGAAAUGGGAUCGGGAGACGAGCUCCCUUGCGACAUGAGGAUUCCUCUCGACAAACAGGAUAAAUUGCACGGCUGCCUGGAGCACCUCUUCAAUCAGGUAGACUCAAUUGAUGCGCUCCUUAAGGGAUCAGUUAUGGCCAAGGCCUUUGAAGAGACAAAGGACUUCAACACAGAGUAUAACAUACAAGAAUUUCGACAGAAAGUCGAUCGAAACAUCAAAUACCGGAGCUUAAUCCAAACCCACGUGCAAGAAGAUCCCUGGAAUUUGCCGAUCUCAAUCAGUGCCCUGGUGGACAAUGUAGAGGAGUACGUUGAAGAUGGGAAGAAUCAGUUACUUUUGGCUCUACUUCACUGCACAGACCUAGAGUUACAGCUGCGACGAGACGUCCUUUUCUGCCAGAGCCUUGUAGCAGCCAUCUGCACCUUUUCCGAGCAGCUUUUGGCUGCACUGAAUCACCGCUACAACAACAACGGAGAGUAUGAGGAGGAGAGCAAAGAGGCCAGCAAGAACUGGCUUGAGCAAAUCGCAGCCACUGGGGUCCUCCUCAACUUCCAGGCUCUGCUUUCACCGAACGUGAGAGAUGAGCACACCAUGCUGGAGGAUGCCAAGGUCACCUUGUCUGAUCUCGAUAACGUAACCUUCUAUUUCAGACAGCUGGAGCAUGAAUAUCCAGUAGCCAACAGCCCCAUCACCUAUCAAGUAGAAGGAAGCCGACAAGCUCUGAAGGUUAUCUUUUACCUCGAGAGGCACAACUUUGCAGAGCUGCCUUCAAAGUUUCAGAACUGUGGAAGUUUAAAACUCUACACCGUGCUGUUCACCAAAGCUCUCGAGGGUCACUGUUCUCCAGAAAAUGGGUCGGUGGAAGAAUUUCAACAGCUGAUCAAUUUAGCCUCUCUUGAAAAAGUUAAAUCGUAUUAUCGCAAACUCAGGGCUUUCUAUCUGGAAAGAUCAAAUUUACCUUCAGACUCUUCUACAACAGCUGUAAAGAUAAACCGGCUGCUACGUCCACUCAAUGCACUGGAAGAACUUAGACGUUUGAUGGAAUUGUACAUUGGCUCAAAACAUUCGGCGCCCACAGUGAACUCGAGCAGUCACGCUUCUGGAAUCGCCGUCAUACCCAUCUCUUCGGAGUUCUGCAACCGCCUUGGAGCUUGUCAGAUUGUUAUGUGCAGCACUGGCAUGCAGAGGAGCACUUUGAGUGUAACCCUGGAACAAGCAGUUAUCUUGACUCGUAGCCAUGGACUUUUACCGAGGUGCAUAAUGCAGGCCACAGACAUCAUGAGGAAACAGGGUGCGAGGGUUGAGAAUUCAGCCAAGAACUUGAAAGUAAUGGAUCAAACGCCACAGUCUGCGCCAAGAUUGUACCAAUUGUGCCAGCCGCCUUCGGAUGGAGACCUUUGAAGGACGAGUUUUGCUUCCUGAAGUCUUUCAGAGUCGGAGCUCUUGGACAAUUAGUGAUGUCUAUACUUUGUCUGUGCAUAUACAGCAAUACAAUGGCAGUGCAGCAAAUCAGCAUGGGCUAUGAAGGACAGAAUGUUUCCAUAUUUCUAUUAAUAGCACGCUGCAGUUUAUCUUACUUGAACUGCCUGGCCUGGCUGCAUCCUAAACAUGCAUCUCAGCUUCUGGAAUGUGUAAAUGUACCAAAAUAGCCACGGUACAGAAUUAACAAUCUGAUAUACGGUUGCCUCAACUGUUCCCAAGUCCUGGCCACACAGCAAAGUUUUGGGCGGAGUGUGCCAAGCUAGAGAAGUGUUUCAGCAGCAUGUUGUUUCGGGGUAAAUUAUACAGAGUAAACCUACCUACCCAGAGAUCCCACCCAUUUCCAACGCAGCUCAUGCAAUUAGGAAUGUGCACGGAUUUUAAAUUUGGAUUUCUCUGGCAAGCGAUUGCCCUGCGCACACCUGAUGUGAAUUAAAAUAGAAGAAUGCGUUUCAUAGAAAUGGGUUAUUGAGUAACGGAAAACCUUCAUCUCCUUUCAAUAGCUGAGUUAAUUUACCCUUGACAUAAUUUACUCUGUACUUUUCAAACUAUAAAACUGAAUACAGCUGCGAUUCCCAAGUACAGUUGUAGUACAAUUAACAUGGAAGGACCUGAUCUAUCCUAUGUGGAGCGUGGCUCGGUCUCUAAGAAUAGAAAUCCUAUGAGGUGUCCCUUCAUUACAAAACACCGUUACGUUUUUUUUUAAAAAAUGGUCCCAGAGACUGAGUUGUUGAACGAGUUUCCUGCAGAUGGCCACAUGGCCCUCAGUCUUGUGUCGUUUCAGUGAUUUAAUUUAAUUUUUUCCAUCUGCUUCCCACGAGCCGCAAAAUGGCACAUUGAGUUGAAGUGAGAAAAGAAAAAAAUAUUCUUUCUCAUCCGUUUGGGACAUAAUUAUGUUUUGUUAAAAAUCUUAAACCUCUCAAGAUUUUUUCUAGUGCUGACACGGUAUUAGAUAUGGCUUUAUAUAUAUAUAUAUAUGUAUAAAUUCUGCCCAGACCCUUUAGAAUCCCUGUUCAAACCCAGCAGAUUAAGCUGAUGAGUGCAUUGGAUGGCGACUUCUUUUAAGGCAGAAGGAGCAGAUUUUCAUAUCUUAACAGCCCCAGUGUGGAGUAAAAUCAGCUCUCAGCAUUCCCCUAAAACAGUAUCGAUUUGACACGAGAUCCCUUCACCACUGGGAUUAACCAAGGAUCAACUGGAAUUAGCCAGAUGUCUUGCAAAGAAAGGAGGAAGAAGCUGCAUUAUUUUAACUUCAAAAAUAUUUCAGGAUAUUUCAGUUUGAGCAGGAUUAUCUCACAGGCAUUAAGGACAGCAUUGGUGGGAAACUAUUGCAUUUAGUUUUGACUGUUGUUACAUCUGAAGUAACAAAGGAAGCUACGGUUUUAGCAUUAACGCUCUGAUUUUUGUUUCUGUUACAUACUUGCACAAUAGAUACUGUAUAAUGUUCAAUCAGCUGUCUCACAGGGCAAGCAGAUUAUUGGAUUAUAUAUUGAAGCCCACUGCUUGUGCCUUAACUCUCCAAGGUUACACUCACGUAACUCCAGCCCCUUUCAAAUUCACCCGCUUUGUGUUCUUAUCAUGAGAGUAGUUCAGUGUUUGUGCUACAUGUUAAAGAAUGUUACCGUUACAGCCUAUUCUUGAUUACAUGUAAAAUGUCUUUGGUUUUAAGCUUGAAACUGACCUUCUACUAGGUGAGCAGAUGCCGAGAGCAGGCUUGCUUAUUUGUACAUAGCUUGUUUUAAAUUUCGAGUUUUAAAUAAUUUGGAAAGUGAUGUUGAAGCAAGUGGGGAAACUGCAGUGGAUUUAAUUCCAGUUUGGAGUUCGAGCUUGCUUAAUGUUCCAAGACUUUUAUUUAGAAAUACCUUAGUGCUGAACUCACCCACCCAUUUGCUUGUAGUGCAAAGAAAGAGAUCAUUGUGUCAAUCUUAAUUUAUUUUCCCCUCCAUCCUCACCGAAGCAGAGAAAGGAACGUGUACAGAGUGUAAUGAGUGAAUCAUAUGCAAUGUGCAAGAUGGCUGAUUCCUCUGAGCCAUAUGCACACAUGAAAGACUAUAAAUUCAAGGAAUUGUCAGUAUUUCCAGAGAGAAACUCUCUUUCAUCUUUUUCAUUGGUUGCAUAUUGGAGUACUCUCGUACCUCUUAUGUGGCAGUUUUUGCUACAGACGAGUAAUAAUUCAGCACUUCACUCAUCAGUGAAGUCCUACAACUUGGAUUGAGAUUCCAUAAUGCAGAUUAAUGAGGUCAUUUAUCACACGAGGAGUUCUCUUCGAAUUUCAGCACCUUUCACAGAUCCGAGACGGACAACAUUGUAGGGAUGUGUAGGAGAGUUUCACUGUAAGUGGCGCGAUGAAAGAAUGAGAGCGUUUUAAACUCUUCCUACAUUGCACAUUAUGCGCGAUCAGUACUUUUUUCAUUGUCGUCUAAAUAAGGCAUUACUUUUUUUUUCCGUUUAGCAUUAGCGAAAAGUACAUUUUGGGAUUUUCUUGACGGAAAACGAAUCGAGUCAGAUAUUCGUUUACGUUCAUGUUUUACGAAUGGAUCUUUGGGUGGUUUAGCUGUUGGCCUGAUCCAGUCUGUAUCAAGUCAAAUAUCCAUUCCAUUAUCUAUCGUAGCCUUUAGUGUUUUGUGGAAAGUUGAAGAACCCAAUGUGCUUUGUUUGGAAUGAAUGCGUUGUCUUUGUCAGUUGAAAGUUUGUACAUAAUAGUAGUUACAUUUCCAACUUAAAACGUUUCAUCUUCUUUCACAGUCGGAGAAUGAUUCCUCCAGUAGAACCUCACUGUGUGAGAACCUGGGCGGGCAACGAGAGCAGCUCAGCAGUAAGGCUCACCAUUCUAGUUUUUGCUGGUUUGAAACUAACCCGUGACCAAAAUCCCAAACUCGCUGAAGAGGGCACUCAUAAGAGCAAAAAGGUCCAGUCACAAUUGACUGCCCUUGAUAGCGAGUUUUCAACUGUUAUUUUGUUUAAAACUAUUCCAACCGUUGUCUUAAUUCUUUGUAAGGUGUUUGCAAUGAGAAACCUUAACCAUGUCCUGUUGUGUUUAAUGUUGUUUGCACCUCUCGUUUGGACCACAUCAUCUCUGCAAAUCUGUAAACCUGAGACAAUCAUUUGUUCCGAUGUAUUUAGCGAUUUGUUCAUCAAGAACGGAGCGAUUCUCGUGACCAUUCUUCUCAUUGCAAGUGCAAUACUUCUUCUUUGUCAAAGUCCCGCCCCAGAGGGGGGCACUUUUACCCAAUCGUUUAGCUUAUGUUCACUUAUGAAAUUGACGAAGCUCUUAUCUCUAUUAACUUGUUUUUGUUCUUUUGCAAAUUAUAUAACUGCUGUAAAUACACCCAGGGUUUGUGAUGUAGUUUUCGUUUCUUUCUUCUGUAUUCAACAGUUGUACAGCGAGUUUUGUUGAUAAUUUUAAAUUUAUUUUAUUGAAAUAGUUAGAUUUUUUGGUCAGUUUUAACCUUUUUUGUUAGCCAGUAAAUUUUUAUUUACAUUUGAACAUUCACUGUGUGUGCGUGUGUGUGUGUGUACCUACACAUGGACAUCAAUCCUGUUUUCAUUUCAUCACCGAAUGGCUUGCAAUGUAGCCUUUAUUGCCACCGAGAUACAGUUUUCCAGCCUGAAAUAGCACAGAGGGGAUCGUUGAUCACAGGGCACUGUUGUUCUGGUUCUAAGGCAACACACAUCAAACCAUUUCACCCUGAAACAAAGUGACAGAAUAAAAUAUAUUAAUUCAUCUUUGGAGCGGAGGCAAUUUUUGUUCAAGAGUCUGCUCCCCAGUGCAAAUUUUCACCAAUCAUAGAGCCAAGAUUAAAUUAAAAAUUAGGGCUUAAAGGUAAGCUGGAUAGAUAGAAGGAGAGAACGAAGAGUGCAGGUG